AGAUGGAAUACCUAGCCUAGGUAAUGGCGAAUCUAUAAGUCUGAGGUUAGGCUCUUUUCCAUGGAUUCAAUAGAGUCACAGCUUGACCCAGAGCUUCCGAAUGGAGGAGAAAGUCGUGGGCUAAUAUUCUCUCAAACCAAUAGGGUCUUGGAGAUGCUAGCUACGCGCUGCCUAUUGCCCCGCGUAGGCGCUUACGUUGAACUGGCCACAGAGCUCAUUGAACCAGGGGCCGAUCGAUGACUUGAUGGCACUCAGUGAUUGGGCAUGGUCUCGAAUGAAACAGCCUGCAUACUGCAGCUUGUGUUGCAUUUGUUGUAUGAAUAGCGGGAACUUGGUCUUUUGGGACGCGGCCGUUUCGUUUCAAUGGUGAGACAAGCGAAUGCCGAAGCAAUAUUGAAAGGGAUUUGGCAAGAAAUAUGUAGACGGCAGGAUGUUCUCCAGAGUGUUGUAGCUUUUUCAGUCCAGGUAUCUCCAUCAUCAAACUCCAAGACUCAAGUAUCGUGGUAGAUGGAACCUGAUAUCAAUGCGGGGCUACCCUAGCUUGGCACAUGUUACGGGCGGCUAAGGAAGCAGAGUCGAGCUGUCGUAGGAGGCCAGGCUCUCUCAGGGUCUGAACAUUUUCUUCCCUUCUUCAUCUUAUCCUCCGGCCCAGAAGCUCUUGUAUUCUUUAUCUCAUUGUGGUAUUGCCCCUAUUAAUUAUGGCGAGCCAGCAGCAUUACUAUCCUCCUCCGCCCGGCGCGACACAGAGCUCACCAGCUCCUCAACCACAGCAACAGCAACAUCAAUAUGCGCUGCCACCGACCUCUCCUCCGGCUAAUCGCACACAAUUCUAUCCUCCUCCACCUCAGCCUCAAUCUCAACCCGGACAGGCUGUGAACUACCCUCCUCCUCCUCAACAUACGCCAUCUCCCCAAGUUCCUCACCAGCCAACACCGAUUCACUAUCCGGCUCCUCCCCAGGCUCAGCAGCAAACUCCCUCCCCGCAAGCCAAGCAUCACUCUCAUAGUUCCUCUCAGGGCUACUAUCCUCCUCCUCCAACUUCGGCACCAGCUUAUCAACAGCACUUUCAGCACAACCUGCCUCAGGCGACACCUCCACCCUCGCAAAAUCAGUAUCACGCGCCGGGCCAGCAGAGCAAUUUGGCCAUGAGGCCUGGGCCAACUCCUCCAGUAGCGACUCCUCAGUCUACUCAACAGAACUUUGAACCGCCCCCGCCGGUAUCCCCUUUGGAUGAUAACCAAUAUCCCAUUGAGAAGCCCAAGCAGGAGCUUGAACAACAGCCUGGAACAGCAGUUGCAAUGACUGUGUCUGGGGCACCCGAGGCAGGUCAAUUUGUUGGGGCAGGAGCCACGUCUGAUGACGUUGGAACAUUCAACGGUGGCAGCUACCGUAUUAGCCACCGCGAUACCAACACGAUUCUAACCAUCCAGCUCGCAAUGGGCUGCCCUAUGACUGGCAAGCCUGGUGCGAUGAUCGCCAUGUCUCCCUCGGUUACUUUGAAGGGCCAAAUCAAGUUCAGCAUGAAGAAGAUGAUCACCGGAAGUGACAUGUCAAGUUCGACAUAUAUUGGCCCUGGAGAGGUUCUUCUUGCGCCCCACAGCCUUGGUGAUAUCACUACUCUUCGUCUUACAGGCAAGGAGGCCUGGUCCGUAGGCCACGAUGCAUUUCUAGCUUGUACCCAGGGUGUUAUAAAAGAUUUCAAGAGACAAGGAUUGGGCAAGGCUAUGUUCAGUGGCGAGGGUCUCUGGGUUUAUAAGAUCAGUGGUGUAGGGUUGUUGUGGGUUUCGAGUUUCGGUGCCAUCAUUCACAAAACACUUGUCGAGGGGGAGAAGUACAUCGUGGAUAACGGACAUCUUAUUGCCUGGAACUGCAAGUAUGUAAUGGAGCGUGUUGCCUCUGGAGGUAUCAUCUCAGGCAUUGCUUCAGCAGAGGGUUUGGUCUGUAAAUUUACUGGUCCGGGAACAGUCUACAUGCAAACCCGGAACUCGAGGGCGUUUGCUGCUUUCAUGGGUGGGCAGCAGUAUCAGGGAUAAUUGUUUCGUGGAACCAUGAAGAGCAUGUGAAAGCGAGUGCCUAACUUUGCUAUGUAUCUUAGUUUUUAUUCUUCUUGAAAUAUCUCGGGCUUUCUUUUUGGUUGCCGGCCGUCUCUGGAUACCUCUAAUUAGGUAUCUCAAUACCAAAGUAUCUAAGCACCUUGCCUACUUUCGCUCACAAACACGUGCUAUCAGAUUUUCCCAUACAUUCCUGAUUUCUACUA